AUGAGGAAUCGCGAAUCGACGGAUGAAAUAAUAAAAUUGGAGGCAGAGUUGAAACGAGCUUAUUGGAGGAAGGAAUUGGUGGGACAGUUAACUGCGAAACAAGUAGAGAAAAAUAUGGAAAAGACUAAGGCCCAUUUGGAAUCUGAGAAGAAUCGAUUGUUAGCCUUGAUCGAAUUGGAGGACGAGGAUAGGAGGAGGGCACAAAAGAGGGACAAAGUGCGAGAGGAUAUGGCACGAGAGAUCUCCGAGAGAACGGCAAGGGAAGCUGAGGAAAGGGUUAGGUUAAUGGAGGAAGGUUUAAGGGAGAGAAAGUAUUUGGAGGAAGUUGAGCGAAGGUUGGAGGAGUAUGAGAAUACGAAAAAGUUAGAAAAGAAAUUGGAACUGGCCAGGAUCAGGGUCGAGGAUAGGCAAAUAAUUUCGGAUCUGAUGGAAAUUCAGUUGGCUUUUAAGAAGAAGGAGGAAGAGAGUGCAGAAAGGGACAAGCAGAUAUAUUUCCAGGAGAUCGAACAAAGAAACAAGGACGAGAGGAACCGUAGGGCCAAGAUUGAGGAACGCAGAGAACGGGUUCUUACUUCUUUAUUGGCCACCAUUAUCCAAGAAGACGCUAGCGAACGUGAAAAGAAACGACUCCUUCAGGAGCUCAUUUUCGAGGAACUCGAGUUGGAACGUGCUAUCAAAGAUUGGAAGGAAAUGGACAUCCAAUCUAAGAUGGCCAAAGCAUUGAUGGGCUCUUUGAAACAACAGAUCAUCUUGACGGAACUCUGCAAGGCCGAUUUCCUCCGUCGUGAUCAAGAAUUCGCUAAGGAAAUGUCCAAAAGAUUGGCCGAGAAUGAUAAAAUUGUUCGAUUAACUGCCGAUGCUAAGAAAAGAGCAUUAUUAAGGUAUCGUCAGGAUCUCGAUAGAAUGAUAGUCGAACGUCAAAUGAUAGUCGAUGAAGAAAUUUGUAAAGUCGAAAAGGAAACUGAAGAAGAACGCAUAUUAAAAGCAACAAGGGAAGAGAUUAUCAAAAAGGAACGCGAAAUUUUAUUGUUAGAACACGCCUCAAACGUUGGUGAAUUUUUGAACAAGAAUUAUCUUACCGAAGACGAACAAAAUAUACUUCAGAGAAUUUCUUUUUCAUCGAAGGACGAGAAUACAAACGAGGAAGAUGAUAGUCUCUAA